AAACAGUGAUGAUAAUUGUCUCUCCAAUCCAUCAUGUGCUUCCUUUCAUGGCCCUUCUUAAUCUUGGUGGCACUGCCAAUUCCAAAUCCUUCAUCUCUUUCACUUCAAAACCUAUAAUUUGCAACCUCAACAAUAACCUCACCUCCAAACGCAAUCUCAUUCUCCAAACUUCUUUACUCUCCAUUGCCAUUUCCCUAACUCCUCCACCUGCUCUAUCUUCACCUCAACUUUCUUCUUCUUCUUCUUCUUCUUCUUCACCAAAAUCCAUUCUUUCUAGCAUUGAAAACACCACUUCUUGGUACCGUUUCUUUGGCAAUGGUUUCGCUAUUCGAGUCCCACCAGAGUUUCAAGAUGUUAUGGAACCAGAGGAUUUUAGUGCCGGAAUGUCUCUUUAUGGGGACAGGGCAAAGGAGAAGGAAGUUGUAGCACGGUUUGUGUCUUCAGAUGGAUUAGCGGUUCUGAAUGUUAUUACUCGGCCAUCCAGUCAGCUUAAAAUCACCUUCUUAGAGGCUCAGGAUAUAACCGGUUUAGGCUCCUUGAAGGAAGCAGCAAAAUUAUUUAUUCCAGGAGGGUCAAAAGUAUACUCUGCAAGAUCAAUAAAAAUUAAGGAAGAAAGUGGUUUUAGGACUUACUAUUUCUAUGAAUUUGGUAGAGAUGAUCUGCACUUAGCAUUGAUGGCAGGUGCAAGAGGUGGAAAGGUUGUUAUUGCUGGUGCAACUGCACCACAGUCCAAGUGGGACACUGAUGGUGUAAAACUCCGUUCUGCUGCUAUAUCAUUGACAAUUCUGUAGCCAUGUCUUGAAAUUUUGUAACUGGGUAUGCCAACAUUUUUGUAUCAUGUAACAUUGUUCGCUAUUUUAAGUCGAGAUUCAUAUAUCAACAUGAUGGAGUAUAGAAGAUCACCAAUUUCUUAGUGUGAAGAGCCGAAGACAGCUGGAGAUCUGUUCACCUGCUUCACACUCUAAAGUUGAGUUUGAAGCUGAAGAGAGUUGAGAAUGUUGUAGUAUCUAUGUAAGCCAUUAAUGUGAUAAACAGUUAAUCAUUCAAUUAUAUGGUAAGAAUAGUAACUUCUUAUACUAUUAUAA